AUGAAUUCAAGUAGUAGUAAUACAAGUUAUUCAUUCUGUUUUAUAUUGGUGGUUACCAUAUGGUCGUGUAUAUUGGUGAUUCUUGGUGGAGGUCACAUCGUCGAUGCUAAACCCAACCACGCCAAUAAUGGGUAUUAUUUGGACACCACCACCACGACUACGACAAAGACAAUACCCAACACCAACACCAACACCAAUACCUUUUCCCAUCAAUCUGUGGCAGAUGCCAAAUCAACAUUACGCAAAACCAUCAAUUCCAAAAAGAAUGGUGGCAACAACAACAACAAAAUCAACAACAACUAUAUAUAUGUCGACAACCCAUCCAAUUCAGUAGAAUACCAUAAAUAUGAUAGUAUACAUAUAAAGAAGCAAGCAAGAGGUCAACGAAUCAAACAAAUGAAACGAUCUUUUGGAACUCCCAACUCUGGAGUUGGAAGUAGCUUCCUGGUUGGAUCAUCUCAUUUACAAAAUACUGUAUCUGCUGUAUCGGCAGCAACCACACCAACAUCACAAGCCAACGCAUUAGUACAACUCUAUGACUUGUGGUCUGGUGAUCAAUGGUAUAAUUCCGAUAAUUGGUUGGUAGGAGACCCAUGCAACAACAUGUGGUACGGUAUAACAUGUAAUGAAACAACGGGUGAUAUCAUUGCAUUGGAUCUAGCUGAAAACAAUCUAUUUGGUAGAUUGACUAGUGAUAUUGCCGAUCUAACAGAAUUGGUUCAUCUCAACAUACAAAACAACAAUCUCAACGGAGAUAUUCCACCAACUGUAUUCCAGUCUAUGAAGUCACUCCAAAUACUCGAAAUACCAAACAACCAAUUAUCAGGUGACAUUGCAUGGACCAAUAACCUUCCACUCACCAUCAGUUUACUCUGGGUAGCCGGUAAUGAAUUCACUGGUAGCAUACCCCUUGGAUGGGCCAAAUACCAAUCUUUGGAUCUUGCCUUUUUAGAAUUAAAUCAGCUCACAGGUACAGUACCACCUGAAGUUGGUACUUAUUCAUCAAUGCGUUUAUUUGAUAUUGGUUUUAAUAAUAUUACUGGUCAACUACCAAAAGAAAUAGCCAACUUGAAUAAUCUUACACAUUUCUGGGCAUAUGAUAAUCAAUUGGAAGGAAAUAUACCAGUUGAAAUUGGUAGUAUGACAAAACUAGAAGUAAUUGAACUAACUAGAAAUCAAAUGUCUGGUGAAAUUCCAUCUGAUAUGUUUCCAAGUACUAUUCCUCUAAGAAGUAUUAGAUUUGGAGGAAAUAAUUUUACAGGCAAUUUAGAUUGGAUUUGUAAUCUAUCAAAUUUACAAGAAUUAUUAAUUGAAGAUAAUUCAUUUUCAAUAUUACCAGUUUGUUCAAACAAAGCACCUACACAAUUAAUUAAUUUUGUAAUGUCAAAUAAUGGUCUACACGGUACCAUCCCAAUUGAAUUUGGUAAUUUUACAGGUCUUAGAUUCAUCAACCUUAGACAAAACAAAUUGUUUGGUUCCGUUCCAUCAACCAUUUCAAAUUUAGUCAAUCUUUCUAGAUUUGAUGUAUCAGAGAAUAGAAUUAAUUGUACUUUAUCUGAAUUUAUGAGUCCAAUUAAAAAAUUAAAAUUGAUGAGUAUAAUUAAAGCAGAUAAUAAUGAAAUUACAGGAGAAUUUUCAGAAGAUAUGUUUUGGGAUUCAGAUGCAGAAGCUGAAUUAUUGACAAGUGUAUUUAUUGUAAACUUUGCAAAGAAUAAUAUUUCUGGGCCACUUAGUGAUUACCUAUCAUGGAUGCUUAGUUUAAGUUUAUUGGAUCUUUCAAACAACCAUUUUAAUGGUGAAAUCCCUGAUGUUUUAAAUUAUCUAGAUGAUAUUAGAUUAAAUAAUAAUAAUUUAUCAAGUCCAAUUGGACAAUUACCAUCAUUUAUGAAACCAUCUGGGGAUUUUAUAAUUUUGGAAAAUGAUAAUUUUGAAUGCCCUACAAUUGUUGGAAAGAAUAGUGAAAUAUCGAUUGAAAUGGAUGCAUCUUAUUACAAUUACUCUCAUUGUCUAUGUUUGCCAGGAUAUAUAGGGUAUAAUGGAUCGUGUAGUGUGUGUCCUGAAAAUGGUAUAUGUAACGGCACACAUAUCAAAAUUCCAUCUGGAUUCUUUCCCUAUCCAAGUGAAAACACUGUACAACCAUCGGCACUGAUUCGAUGUGUCGUAUCUAAUUUUGGUACUACAUCAUGCAAUCCAUCCAAUUCUGAUAAUUUCACUUGUUCAGUUGGCUAUCAUGACAGACUGUGUGCACGUUGUGAAGAAGGUUAUUAUAUGCGUGGAUCUGAAUGUCUAAAAUGUCCAAAAGGGGCCAGAAUCAAUUGUCAUCUUUGCAUUUGUCAUUUUAUUCUUUUUGGUAUUGGCAGUAUUCUUUGUCGUAACGAAUCCCCAACGGUCACUCCCAUCAAGUACUAG